AUGACCGCCAAAGGCACGCGGCCAAUAAAUCCCGAGGAGAGGAAGAGGGGCGAGAUUGCCCUCAGCGAGUUCGCCGAGUACGCGGAGAAGCAACAAGCGCAUCGCUCGGUCGCUGUCGCCCCGAGCGACAGUGGUUAUUCCACCGGGGCCGCGAGCACGUCGCGCGAUGUCGAAGACCAUGCUGAGCUCGAGAUUCUGGACCAACUCGGGCUGUCCGAUACCCCGCGCACCAUUAAACUGAAGGAGCUGCUGCUGGGAACGGGGGAAGCCACCGAGGCAAGCCUGCAGGACCUGGCGGGUGCCAUUCAGAAUCGCAUUGACGAGGGCCAUGGAGAGACCGUUUUCGACCUCGGCCUGGAAGAUGGCGGCGAGACAAUGGGCUUCGACCUUCCCCAUUGGGAAACGGCCCUUCAGCGCCUGCGCGAGGCAGCGGAAACCAUUCCCGCCCAUUGUCGCAUACUCCUCACCUACAACGUCGGCGGCCCCAAGGAAUCCACCGUGAAGAAUGACCGCAUCAAGGGAGCAUGGGGUAAAGUCCUUAUCCGACAGGAUUGGUCUAACGUGGAGGAGAUGGGUGAGCUGCGCAUCGCUGUAGUAGGCAAUGUCGACGCAGGAAAGAGUACCAUGCUUGGUGUCCUUGUCAAAGGCGGCCUUGACGAUGGCCGUGGUCGCGCUCGAGUCAAUCUCUUCCGCCACAAGCACGAAAUCGAAAGUGGGCGGACCAGCUCCGUGGGGAUGGAGAUCAUGGGCUUCGACAGCCGUGGCGAUGUGGUCAGCCAUGCGCAGGGCCGCAAACUGUCCUGGGAAGAGAUUGGGAAGCGUGCAGCCAAGGUGAUCACGUUCUCUGACCUGGCGGGCCACGAGAAGUAUCUGCGCACCACCGUCUUUGGCAUGCUGAGCAGCAGCCCCAACUACUGCCUACUGAUGGUCGCGGCCAACAAUGGCAUGAUCGGGAUGAGCCGUGAACACCUUGGCCUUGCUCUGGCCCUCAAUGUACCUGUCAUGGUGAUCGUCACCAAAAUCGAUAUCUGCCCUCCUCAGGUUCUCCAGGAAACGCUGAACCAAAUCACGAAGAUCCUGAAGUCGCCUGGCGCGCGCAAGAUCCCCAUCUUUGUGAAGGAUAUGGAGGAAACCAUCAAUACUGCAACCCAGUUUGUCAGCCAGCGUAUCUGCCCCGUCUUCCAAGUUUCCAAUGUCACGGGCGAGAACCUGGAGCUUGUCCGGACUUUCCUCAACAUCCUACCUCACCGGGGCCACUACAAUCAGGAUGGACCUUUCGAAUUCCUCAUCAACGAUACAUUCUCCGUCCCACACGUGGGUACUGUGGUCUCUGGUGUUGUCAAGUCUGGAGUGAUCCAUGCCGGUGACCAGGUUGUAGUUGGACCCGAUUCGCUGGGCCAGUUCACGACGACAACGGUCAAGACUAUCGAACGCAAGCGAAUCCAGGUGAAUGCUUGCUUUGCUGGCCAGUCUGGAUCGUUCGCUCUCAAGCGGGUCCGCAGGAAGGAGGUGCGCAAGGGCAUGGUGGUACUGAUGAAGUCAGAAACAACUCCCAAGGUCUACCGCGAAUUUGUUGCUGAGGCCUCGCUAAACCACAGAAACCCUACAGUACUGAUCCUGUCCCACGCAACCACCAUCAAGCCGAAGUACCAGGCGAUGCUGCACGUCGGAGCGGUCAGCCAGACUUGCUCCGUGAUUGACAUUGACCGCCCCUUCAUCCGAACAGGAGACCGAGCUUUGGUUGCCUUCCGCUUUAUCCAACGACCCGAGUUCCUCGCUCUUGGAGACAAGGUGCUGUUCCGUGAAGGCAAAACCAAAGGUUUGGGCAUUGUCAAGAGCGUCGGGUACGAUCCUAACCACCCGCUCGACCCCCGGGCCGAGUCCUCCCAGUCCACCGAAGGAGACACGAAUUGA